ACCGCUAAUCCCUCCAUUUCGAUUCACAUCGAGCAAGAGGGGAGAGAAAGAAACCGAGAGAAAUCUAAAAGGGGAGAGGGAGAGGGAGAAAUACGAAAGAUUCCAUCAAUCUCGAGCUCCAAAUCGAUCGAAAUCAGGACCUUAAGAUCUCAGAUCUGAAGGCUAGAGAUGAAUAUCUUCAGAUUAGCCGGCGACAUGACGCAUCUGAUGAGCGUUCUCGUUCUCCUCCUCAAGAUCCACACCAUCAAAUCUUGCGCCGGCAUUUCAUUGAAGACACAAGAGCUCUAUGCUCUUGUCUUUGCCACACGAUAUCUGGAUAUUUUUACUGAUUUUAUCUCACUUUAUAAUACUGUCAUGAAGUUGAUCUUCUUGGGGAGCUCAUUCUCAAUAGUCUGGUACAUCAGAAGACACAAGAUCGUCCGCAGAUCAUAUGAUAAGGAUCAGGACACCUUCCGCCAUCACUUCCUCAUAUUACCUUGCCUGUUCUUGGCCCUAUGUAUACAUGAGAGAUUUACUUUCAAGGAGGUUAUGUGGACAUUCUCCUUAUAUUUGGAGGCUGUUGCUAUACUUCCUCAGCUGGUCUUGUUACAGAGGACCAAGAAUAUUGAUAACUUGACCGGGCAAUAUGUUUUUCUCCUGGGUGCAUAUAGGGCAUUGUACAUCAUCAACUGGAUUUACCGCUACUUCACUGAACCACACUACGUCCACUGGAUAACUUGGAUAUCUGGACUGGUACAGACUCUACUUUAUGCCGAUUUCUUUUACUAUUACAUAAACAGUUGGAAGAACAACGUGAGGCUCCAGUUACCUGCCUGAUUUUUAUCCAUGUCCCGGGAUAUCAGCCAAUAGUGUCACUGCAUCAGCAUUUCAAAGCAUUAUUUUUGCCAUCUGCUUCUUUUUAUCUUUUCGGGUGUGUCAAAUGGAUCCGAUUGAAUUGCGUGGCUAAAAUAUUUUUUUUUGACCCUAAAUGGUGGUGUCAGAAUCCCAAAUUGUUGAGGAAAAGGAAACAGAUGUAAAACUGUAUUACGCGGACUUCGUGAGCAUCGUCACUUGUUGGUACCUUGUAGAACAUUGUAGUUUGUGAUAGCCCAAAUACUGAAAAAUGAAUCACUAAAACUAUAAUACUCA